AUGGAUAGCGGCGGCCGUCAAAGUGCCACUGCUCCGCCCGGCAAGCUGCGUCAACAUGACCCAACACCCCAACAUGGCCGACGCCCGCCGCCAACCAGCGUCCGAUCCCCUGCUCCCCUGCUCUCGACCCCGAAUCCUACUUAUAACGCUGCUCUCCCUGCGUCGUACUCCUCCAUCCUGAACCACACGCUACUUCAUCUUGUCACAAUGUCCGAGAUCAAGAACAACGAGAACGGCUACCAGGGUGGUGUGCAGACCAUGCGCGCGCUCACGCCUGGCGGCCACCCCAUGGACUCGUCCCAGCCGGCCUUCCCCGUCUACCACCGCAAGUUUGCCAACCCUGCUCCGCUCGGACUGUUCGGUUUCGCUGCCACCACGUUUGUGCUGUCGAUGUUCAACGUCAAGGCACGCGGUGUGACGGUGCCCAACGUCGUCGUGGGUCUUGCCAUCGGCUAUGGUGGAUUGGCGCAGUUCCUCGCAGGCAUGUGGGAGUUUGCGGCAGGUAACACGUUCGGUGCGACUGCAUUCGCGUCCUACGGUGCCUUCUGGUGGUCGUACGCCAUCAUUCAGAUCCCCUGGUUCGGCAUCGUCCAGGGCAACUACAACCAGAACGGCGUGCCCGAGGCACAACUCGCCAACGCGCUCGGAAUCUACCUCAGCGCCUGGUUCAUCUUUACCUUCAUCAUGCUGCUCGCAUCGUUCCGUUCGUCGGUCGGCCUCGUGUCGCUCUUCUUCUUCCUCGACAUCACCUUCCUCCUGCUCUUCGUCGCCGAGUUUACGGGCAACGCAAAGGUUCAGACCGCAGGCGGAUCGUUUGGCAUCCUCACCGCCGCAAUCGCCUGGUACGUCGGCGCGGCAGGUCUGCUCACCCCAGACACGAGCUUCUUCACGCUCCCCGUCAUCGAGCUCUCCCGCAAGGACUAG